UGUUGGCGGCCCGCUAUGUGUUGUGAUUGCUGCAGUGUGCGCCAGCAAAAGUGCUGGCUAUAUGGCUGGGCUAGCUUUCUGUUAAUAUUUGGCAGCUUCUUAGUGGCCGCUUGGCCCAGUUUGUCGCGUCAAUGGAUACGCAGCAUGCUGCCAUUGAAGCCGAACUCGCUAAUGUACAACAAUUGGGUGACCACACCAACGCCAGUGUACACUUCAUUCUAUUUAUUCAACUGGACCAAUCCGCAGGAUUUGAAUAAUGCUGCAGUUAAGCCGCACUUUGAGCAGCUGGGACCAUACACAUUCAGCGAUUACAAGGUGAAGGAGGAUUUAGUGUGGCAGCAGCCCCAGGUGACCUAUUAUGGGCGACGUACCUGGCACUUUUUGCCUGAGCAGUCUAAAGGUAAAUGGGAGGACAUAAUUAUAACGCCGCACUUUCCAACGCUGACUGCUGCGCGCUAUGUGCGUCGCUAUCCCAGACUGCUGCGCAAGAUAAUGAACUUUGCUUUAAAUCGCGAGGGAGGCGGCACUUAUAUGCGCCAUACUGCUGGCGAAUGGUUAUUCGAUAGUUUUCACGAUGAUUCCGUUGACUUUGCCUAUCGUUUGCAUUCGCCGCUGCUGCCGCUGCAAAGCGAACAGUUCGCUUGGUUUCUGGAUCGCAAUAACUCGAAGCUUUAUGAAGGCAACUUUAGCAUACACACUGGACUUGGAGAUCUGCGCCAAAUGGGCGAACUGCAGCUGUGGAAAGGUCAAGCACACACUGGUUACUAUGCUGGCGAGUGUGGCAAGGUCAAUGGCAGCACUGGUGAACUUUUUGCAGCUGGCAGGCAGUGGCAUGAAGCGAUUUCCAUAUUUUUGUCCGACAGCUCGCGUUUCAUAAAUUUGUACGCUCAAACAAAUGUCAGUGUAAACGGCAUUCCCGCCUGGCGCUAUGAGACCGACGAGCGUAGCUUUGACAAUGGACAACUCUCGGCAGACACCAAAUGCUUUUGUGUGCCCAAGCUACCAUGUCCAGCUAAUGGUGUGCUCGACUUUGCGCCCGUUGCCUAUUACGGACCCAUUUACGUAUCACAUCCGCAUUUCCAUAUGACAGACGCGUCAUACAGAGCGAAUACAACGGGCCUACAGCCCAGAGGUGACGAGCAUGGCAUGCAUGUCAUCAUAGAACCCACACUGGGCAUACCCACUGACCUCAAGGGUCAGAUUAUGGUCAGCGUGCUGGUGCAAAGGGAUGAGGCCAUAGACUUUCUCAAGGACAUAGCCUAUGAUCACUAUGCACCUUUAUUUGUAGUUCAAUUACAAACUGAGCUAACUAAAGACAUGCUAAGCCAGCUUAAGCUCGCUUUAAAUGCACCAGCCAUAGGCCGGUAUAUUGGCAUAGGUUUGCUUUGUUUAGCUGUUGCUUUAUUUAUAGUGGGCGUGGUGCUAACCAAAAAACACAAAUGGCACAAUGAAGAACAACAAAGUGCUCUAAAAGCGGCAGCAGCACUUGAGUCAACUUUGGCUAAAGACUGAUAAGCAAUGGCAUUUAUGAUAAUUGCAUUGUUUUUAUGUGAAUUUAUAAUUUAAGCACACAAAGAGAUUUGAAGCUAUUAUUAAGCAAUUGAAGUGCGUCAUAAAAUUUGUACACAAAUUGGCGUGCAGGCAAUUUUUAGCAGGUGUUGCGACUAGAAUUACACACAUGGCUAAGAAAUAAAAAUUAUGGUCGCUCAGUUUAGGCUAAAAUUUAUUAAUAUGUUAAUAAUUGUUUUCUUUUGCUGGGCUUGUGCCAGCAGCCUUGAGCACGUAAGCUGCAUACUUUACGGCGUAUGAACUCUUUCACCUAACAAAGCCAAAACAUAAAUAUACACACAGCAAACCAAAUUGCUAACUGGAAAUUUGAAAAAUGCCAACAGAAUAUUAUAAGCGGCUAAUUUAUAUGCGCCUGGCACGCAAACUUACGUUUUGCACACACAAAGCGAGAGCGAGAGAGAGAGGGAGAGAGAGUG